AUGUCUGGGCGAGACCGCCGGGCGCUGCUGGCUCUGUCGCGGGCAAGAGCCCGGUCGUCGCACGUCGCUGCCUUUGCCGACAAGCUCACCUCGGCCGCCCGCAAGGCCCGCAAGUCGACCACCACACGCAGAGCCCAGCGCCAGUGGAUGAUCCAAGCCGAGAAGUACACUCGCCAACGCGCCCAGCUUGAGGGCGAGCUCCGGAUUGCCGCCGCCCGCAUCGCCGCCACUGCCACCGAUGUGGGGAAGCCCGACGACGCCGACAACGUCGACCUACCGCUCGAUCUGGCGGAAGCCAUUGCCGCCGCCACCAUUAAUGCUCCGCCGCUUCCACUCGACCGCAUUCAGUACGCCCAAGCGCUCAUCGCCCGCGGGGCAUCGCUGACCGAGGCCCAAGCCGUCCGAGUUCGCCAAGCCCUCGACGACGCGCAAGCUGCCAUCGAUGCCAAUCUGGUCAUGCUCGAGCCGAUCAUCGAGCGCCUCGAGGCCUCCAUUGCUGGGAACAACGACUCUCAACGCCCUUUUCCUGCUGUCUCUCGUGCGUAUCUCUGCACCACUGUGGUGGGGAGCCUCCCACUAGAGCUGCGCGACAUGCUCGAGCCUCGUCAUGAUGGAGCUCCGGACGAGCAUGGGGUCCGCGCUGACGCCACAUCUGAGCUUGCUGCGCUUGCCUCGUCGUAUGCAUAUCGCGAAGCUCGGCUUGGCCAGCGAUUCGCCGACGUGCUGGCACUGUGGCCGCGCGCCGGUUGGUCGCUCCGCGAUCAUGCUGUGUUCGAAAAAGAGUACGACGAAGCACCAAGAUCCAACCCACACUGGCGCCGAGACCUGUUUGAGCGGCUGCAUCUACUCCUUCCACACCAGUCCCACAACGCCUGUGUCAUCCACGAGACCUUUGUUCGCCGCGCCAAGGUCUUUCAUUCGCUCCACGCCACUCUCCUUGCCGGGCUAGCCAGCGAUGUCGAAGAGCUGGCCGCAGCAGCGCUGCGGUCCGAAACGGAGGCUCAGGCUGCUGCUGCUGCUGCUCAAGCAGCAGCGGACGACCUCGCCGCGUUUGAUCGUCUGCGCCGGGUCUGGCAUGCCGAGCUGGCCAAGUGGCGCGAGAUCGCCAACGAACGUGCGGCAGCAGAAGCCGCUGAACAAGCUGCCGCCGAUCAAGCAGCUGCUCAGGCUGCAGCAGAGCAGGUCGCUCGCGAGAACGCACGUCGUGCCAAAGAGGCUGAGCGUCUGGCCCGAUACGCUGCUGACAAGGCUGCCGCGGCUCGCGACGCCGCGCGCGCCGAAGAACGCGCUGCUGCCGCGGCCAAAGCCGCCAAGGCCGCCGCUCGCCGCUCAAACGCCCCACGCGUCGCAUAUCGCGCGGCAGAGUUUAAGCGCAAGGUGGCCAGCCGCAAGGCUGCCGCCGCUGCCAAGGCUGCCGCCGAUGCCGCCCGCGACGAACGACUCCAUGCCCUCGCCAGUGAGGUCGCCCCGCACGUCGCCCCUGAUCCCAAGCGCUUGAUCCAGCCCACGGCUGCCUGGCAGGCCCACAAAGAUGCGCAGACGCAAAAGCCGCUCUUCAAGGCGCCGGCUGGCUACACUAAUGUUCAAGUCUUUCAAGACGAGCGCGCUCGCAUCGGCUACGCCCUUGCUUCAGCCGGUCUCCAGACCUCGGACUAUGCCCGUUUCGUUCUUCAAUCCGCCGCUCCUGCUACUAUCCCGCGCCCUGACAGCUUCUCCACCUUUGAACGAGCCGCGUAG